AUGGCAGCAGAGAAGAAGGGGCACAUCGUGAUGGAACCUAAGCUUCACCACUUGUGGUGCUCACGGAACCUUGGCCUAUGUUUCUAUCUGGGAGGUUCCAACCUCCCUCACAGAAAAACAGAUUCUGAUGAGUUCCAUGUUCCGGGGUUCCCUCAAAACUACAAAUUCCACCGUACCCAAUUGCAUAAAUUUCUAAGAGCAGCUGAUGGCACUGAUGAGUGGUCACAGUUCUUCAUUCCCCAGACUGCACUUUCUAUGAAGUCUGAUGGGUGGAUUUGCAACACGGUUGAGGAGAUUGAGCCUCUCGGGUUGCACCUUCUCAGGAACUAUCUUCAACUUCCCGUUUGGCCUGUGGGGCCUCUCUUGCCACCUGCUUCACUCAGUGGUUCAAAACAUCGUGCAGGAAAGGAACCUGGCAUAGCCCUUGAAGCAUGUAUGGAGUGGCUGGAUUUGAAAGAUGAGAAUUAUGUUCUCUAUAUUUCAUUUGGGUCUCAGAACACUAUCCGUGCAUCUCAAAUGAUGGCUUUGGCUGAAGGGUUGGAAGAGAGUGGUAGAUCGUUUAUUUGGGUCAUAUGGCCACCUUUUGGUUUUGACAUCAAUGGAGAGUUUAUUGCAGAAUGGUUGCCAAAAGGGUUUGAAUAG